CUUCAAAUCAGCGGCGCAACCACCACUAGCAUCACCGGUCUCCGGAGGCCGAACCGGGAAAAAUGCAGUCCCUUACGUCUUCCCCAGCCGGUCCAACGCUUCGGAUCUCCCCCUUGGAAUCUCUCCGUAAACAAUCCCCUCUGCUCUCCAAUGCCAGAAACUUCACGAAGAAACAGCCACGGGUCAAGUCUAUCUCUGCAUCGGCUUCAAAGACGUCCUUCACUCCCAAGAGAGAGAAGGACCCAAAGAAGCGAGUUGUCAUCACUGGCAUGGGCGUCGUCUCUGUCUUCGGCAACGACGUUGAUGUCUUCUAUGAUCGGCUGCUCUCAGGUGAGAGUGGUAUCGGUCCCAUCGAACGAUUCGAUGCCUCCAAGUUCCCCACUCGAUUUGGUGGCCAGAUUCGUGGGUUCAGCUCUGAAGGUUACAUUGAUGGCAAGAACGACCGUAGACUUGAUGAUUCUCUUAGAUACUGUCUCGUUGCUGGCAAGAAGGCCCUUGAGAGGGCUGACCUCAGCGGUGAUAACCUCUCUAAGAAGAUUGACAAGGAUCGAGCUGGUGUGCUUGUAGGAUCAGGCAUGGGUGGUCUAUCAAUGUUUUCUGAUAGUGUUCAAGCUCUCAUUGAGAAAGGUUACAGAAAAAUAUCUCCAUUUUUCGUUCCAUAUACUAUAACAAACAUGGGCUCUGCAUUGCUUGCAAUUGACGUUGGUUUAAUGGGUCCAAACUAUUCAAUUUCAACUGCCUGUGCUACCUCCAAUUAUUGCUUCCAUGCCGCUGCCAACCACAUUCGACGGGGUGAGGCUGAUCUGAUGAUUGUUGGUGGAACUGAAGCUCCAAUGGUGCCCAUUGGCUUGGGGGGUUUUGUUGCAUGUAGAGCUUUGUCACAGAGAAAUGAUGAUCCAAAAACAGCUUCAAGGCCAUGGGACAAAGACCGAGAUGGCUUUGUGAUGGGUGAAGGUGCUGGAGUGUUGGUAAUGGAGAGUUUGGAACAUGCAUUGAAACGUGAUGCACCAAUUAUUGCUGAAUACCUGGGAGGUGCAGUUAAUUGUGAUGCUUACCAUAUGACCGACCCCAGAUCUGAUGGACUUGGUGUUUCAUCAUGCAUUAAGGAAUGCCUCAAUGAUGCUGGUGUGUCAAUAGAGGAGGUUAAUUACAUAAAUGCACAUGCAACUUCGACGCCUGUCGGUGACCUGGCUGAGGUGAAUGCGAUAAAAAAGGUUUUCAAGAACACUUCAGAUAUCAAAAUGAAUGGAACCAAGUCUAUGAUAGGGCAUUGCCUUGGGGCUGCUGGGGGUCUGGAAGCCAUAGCUACACUGAAAGCCAUAACUACAGGGUGGCUGCAUCCCACAAUAAACCAGUUUAAUCCAGAACCUUCUGUUGAGUUCGAUACAGUUGCGAAUGUAAAGAAACAACAUGAAGUGAAUGUUGCCAUUUCAAAUUCUUUCGGCUUUGGAGGACACAAUUCUGUUGUGGCAUUUUCAGCAUUCAAGCCUUGAUCGGUCAACAUUUAGAAAUUUUGAUAGGAUGAUCAUGCUCGCUUCUGGUUCCUUUGUUGGGUUAUACGAUCUUAUUUUUCUUCUCUAUUUUUUCCUAGAAUCCUACACGUGAUUUGAGUAUAAUUUGUAAUGGAACUCCUAUUUGACAAAUUACCAUUUUUGUAUUAGAACUUUUGAGGAAUUUAAGAGGUUAGUAACAGAAGAUUUUUGUUU